GCCGGUGAUGGCCGACGAUGGGGCAAAGUGCUUCCUUGGAGGCAGCUGGUCAAGAUGACAGGCGUCAUGGUUUCAGCGCUGCGGAGUAUGCAAAGCUUCAAGAAAGGCUCUCAGUGCAAGGCUCUGGGUCCAAGGUGCACUUGCCACGAGUGGAGCUUGCUGAUUUUGUCACCUGUUUUCCUGCCCACUUGCGUUCGUUUGUCCAGCCCUUGUUUUGCUAUUUGGGGAAGGAACGAAUUGGUGAAGGAUCAGCAGAUUGGGACCACUUCGUUCAAGGCGUUUCAAGAGCCAUCAAGUCCGGCUUGAGAUGGAAAGAACUCCUGGAGGUGUGGGCAGACCGAGAUGCUGUCCAGGAUGGUGAGACCAGCUCGGAAGGACCAGAGUUGGAGCUUUGCUUGGAGCUGGCUGUCUCCUUGUGUUUUUGGUCUGCCUUUUCAGAUCGAGACAUGGCCUUGUCGCCAGACCUUGCCGUCGCAGUAUUGAAGUCCUCUGUCAAGAUGGACAAGUCACUAGCUUCGUGGCUCGAAGGCAAUCUUCCGAUGCUUCCCAGUGUGGUUGGAUUCUGCUUGUCUCAAUCAUUGCUCGGCAUGGUGUCUCCAGCAAUCCCUGAGAUCAAAAGCCGCAUUUUGGAGGCCAGCACACACCUGCUAUUGCGCAGUUGCACCGCUCGACUUUGGGAGUCGGACGAAUGGAUGCCUUUAUAUCGCGACUGGUGCGAUGGCAGAUCCUUCAAUGCUUUGCUGAAGGGGACACUCUUCUACGAAGCGCCGGCAGUGGUUCUGCUGCAGACACAGCAGGGGCAUGUGCUUGGUGGACUUUCGACGGUUUGGACGGACAACAAUGGCAAGUACGCUGGUUCAACAGAAUGCUGGCUGUUUGCUCUACAACCUGCUUUCACUGUGUGUAAAAGCACCAGUACCUCUGGAAACUAUGCUUACCUGAAUUCGCGCAACAAAUAUGCGCCACGUGGCUUGGGCUUUGGCGGUCAGGAAGGUUUUUUCAGGCUGUGGAUUGAUGCUGACUUUGAAGAGUGCUACGUUCUGGAAAGCGACGCGACUUACGCCCCGGGAUUGCUGCAUCCAUCCAGCGGGAGCCUACAAAUUCCCUUUCAGCUUGCAGCGAUUGAGGUGUGGGGCUGCGGCGGGCUCGAGGCUGCCAAAGUGCAGAAAGCACAUCGCGAACGCGUCGAAGGUGUUCGGGAGCAAGCGCGCAAGGUUGACAAAGCGAGACUGUGCGACAACGAGUUUGACAAGGAGAUGUUCCUGGGCAACACAUUUUCUGCCACAGCUGAUUGUCGGGAAGUUGCUGAACACAAGAAGGGUGAGGAAUGAGCUACCAAAGGGGCUGCUGCCAGCUCAGUCCAAAGCGACUGUCGAUGUCAUCGGUUUUCAAGCUGCGGAAAA